CCCGUGCAGACCUGACAUCGGUGCAAUCUGUCAUUCAAGUCAAAAGGAUAGAGAGGAGUGCACAGUAGGAGGAAAUUACUUGUUCCAGCCUAGAUUUGCUCAGCCGAGGCUCCAGGAGCGUUCAUUCUUAUGAACUGCACACAAAGCAGGAAGCGUCUCUGUGCAUUUAGUUGUGCGAUCUCUUGCGCUGAGAGGACAAUGCCUUUGAGGACCGGACUUUUUCUCCUGAUGGUGCUGAAUGCAUCUGCAUAUGAACUGGAGCAAAACGAGUCCUAUUCACCCAGGAGAGUACGCUUUUCUGUCAACAGCCCUUCAGAUGUGGCACGCUGCCUCAACAGUGCCCUCCAAGUUGGCUGCGGAGCGUUCGCUUGCCUGGAAAACUCGACGUGCGACACAGAUGGCUUACAUGACAUCUGCAAGUCCUUCCUGUACAGUGCUGCUAAAUUUGACACUCAGGGUAAAGCGUUUGUAAAGGAGAGCCUUAAGUGCAUCGCCAACGGCAUCAUCUCCAAGGCAUUCCCCACCAUCCGCCGCUGCUCCACCUUCCAAAGAAUGAUAACCGAAGUCCAGGAGGAGUGCUACAGCAGGCUGGGCAUCUGCAACGUUGCCCAAGCCAACCCAGAUGCUAUUGGUGAAGUUGCACAGCUGCCAAGUCAUUUCCCCAAUAGGUUUUAUGGUAAGCUUCUGCAGAGCCUGAUGGACUGUGAUGAGGACACGGUUGACCGUAUCAGGACCAGCAUGGUGCCACGGCUGGGCCCGGAGAUGACCAUGCUCAUUCAGCUGCUGCAGAACAAGCCCUGCCCAUCCACCGCCGGGGCAGCGGCCUCAGUCGUCCCGACUAGCGCGGAGACCCGCUGGCGCUGGUCCAUGGGUCCCAACAUGUACAAGAUCCAGCCUAAUCUGCGAAACAGAGACUCUGCUAGCCAUUUAGGCAAAAAGCGCCCUGGCAGCGACGGGUCCUAACUUCGGCUCAGAUUAAGAAAUAGCCACCCAGUAAGUUCGGUCAUUCCCCAGCGGUGAUGAAAUCUGUGUCUCUACUAGUUUGGAAGUUGUUGAAACAUGCACCUCUUAGGAAUACCGGACCACCCAUACAGUUGAUAUCAGUUUGAUUGUUGUUAUAUUGUAUAUCCUACAUGUUAGGCUUGAGUGAACCCGUCUUUCAUUGACUGAUUUCAAAUACGUCUGCUCACAGUCUGUGUUGAACAUGUGGCCGACAAAAACAAGGUGUCGUUAUUCAAAAUUCGCUCAUGAAUAUAAGUCAGUGGUUUGACUAUCAUUGGUUGAAAUUUUUUGGUAGAUGUAUGUUAUGAGCAUGAGAUAUGAGUGUCAUAGCACUUAACAUAACACUUAAAUGUACUGUAUACUAACUUAUAUGAGACAGCCAUAAUCUGCCCUCUAAAAGAGCGCUCAUAUGGACUAGGUCUGUAGAGGUUUCUGGAGAACCUUCGAGAGGUUACCUUAAAGUGACCAAAAAACACAUAAAAACUGCCCUGAAUGCCACAAAAAAAUACCAAAAUUACGUUUAGCUAUAUAUAUAUCACAUAGAGUUUAGGAUUUAUUUUCUGACGGCAAAAAAAAAAAAAAAAAGAUUGUCCAGGUCGUGGCCAAGUCUAUCAAAUAUCUUAUAUCCAGACACUUGCAAUGCAUAAGACUGUUGAGCUACAUGCGGGACCAGUUUAGUUCUUAACUGAGCGCGGAGCAGCAAUGUUUUCGCGCAGUAGCUGAAUGACAUGUUCACUGUUGAGAGUGAGAACAGCCAACUCUUUGGACUGCGGUGAUCGUCGUUCUCGGAAGUGAAUCAUGUAACACUGACUUCCUGUAUCAAGAUAGAGACUGAUUAUUUAAAAAAAAAAAAAAAACAACAAACAAACAAAAAAAAGCCUUGAUGAUAUUUAUUUUCCUACUAUAUUAUUUAAUGUUUUUAUUAUGUUAUGCAUUAUUGUAGUUUUGCAUAGUUUACAGUUACUAGCAGUUUAGACAUGACUCCUAUUUGAACAUGAGCUCUAUGCCAAAAAAA